UUGUCUCUGACAUUUUGUGAUCACAAGACUUCUCCGUUUUGAGUUUUCUGUCAAGGCAGAAAUUGGAGAAAAAAAGGCCGUCCCUUUUGGGAUCUUCAGGUUAAACAGCUCCAAUUGACUCAAAAACUCCAUCAAGAUGAGAUACUUUCUGACUUACCUGUUUGUGCUGCUGUUGGCGCUCGCCAUACCCAUAUUUUCGUUGUACUACCUACUAACUGGAAAGGGUGAGCUGAUAAGUUUCGGAUGGUUCCUAGAGAAUACGUCCCCCUACAUGUGGGGAACGUUGGGAAUAGCGUUCGCCGUCGCUUUCUCAGUUGUUGGUGCUGCGAUGGGUAUUCACACCACCGGAGUGAGCAUAGUAGGAGGUGGUGUCAAAGCCCCAAGAAUUAAGACCAAGAACUUGAUCUCCGUUAUCUUCUGCGAGGCUGUGGCUAUUUACGGUUUGAUUACAGCUAUCGUGCUUUCUGGUAUGCUAGAACAGUAUAAAGAACCAUUCUUGGAUAUUGCCAUCAAGCAACAGAAUUGGAUGGCUGGUUACGUGAUGUUUGGUGCUGGAUUGGCUGUCGGACUCGUAAACUUGUUCUGCGGUAUCUCUGUAGGUAUUGUUGGCUCUGGAGCUGCACUCGCUGAUGCUGCCAAUGCUGCCCUCUUCGUUAAGAUUCUCAUUGUAGAAAUCUUUGGGUCAGCUAUUGGUUUGUUCGGACUUAUUGUCGGUAUUUACAUGACAUCAAAAGUCAAAAUGGGCAACCAGUAACUUAAGAAGAAAGUUAUACUUGAAAAUAAGAUGUAAUAAAGCACUGGACUCUCCCGCCCUUACCUUGACCUGGAAAAUCUGCCGCUGCCAGUGCUUAAUACAAAUAUUUAUCUAAAAAAGCAACUUUAAGCUUUGAAGUUUUCAAUAAGUGUUGGACUUGUAUACUUCUGAAUUUCUGUUUUGUUGAUGUGUAACUAUAUUUUGUUUGAUAACUACUGUUUGCAAAAUAUCUGGUCUUAGCACAAGCUGUAAAAAUAUUUUGUUAUAAGAAAAAUACCAAUUAUUUUAAUAUUAUACCUAAAGAUAUAUUAUUAUUUUAAGUUGAGUCGUCCAUAAAGAAAUAUUAACAAUACACAUGGAAUGCAAAUUCAUAGUCAACGAUAAAACAUUUUUUUAAAUUAUAUGACUUGACUUUUAAUGUGCUAAGAAUAAGAUAUUUUAUCUGUAUAAUAUUGGAGUGCUUUAGACUACUUCAAACCAAUAGAAUAUGUAUUUUAAAUAUCAUAUCACAGUGUCCUGUCAAAAAAUUGACUAGAUAUAUUGUGCAUUACAUGUGAUUUAAGUCAUCAUAAAUUAUUUAUCAAUGUUACCAAGUAACAAAUAUAUUACUUUAAAUUAAUGCACUGGUAUAUGUAGUCAUUUUGUUAAGGCUUAAACAUUCCAUGAAAUGUUAAUACAACAUUUGUGAAAGCUUUGAUUGGUAAUAGCCUGUGUAUAUAAAUAAAUGACACUUAAUAUUUUCCUAUUGAGAUUUCAGUCAUUUUCAUGUUUAAAGUAACUUUUGUCUGUUUACUAAAGGUUAUUCCUAUACAUACUAUAUUUAAUAUUAAAGUUUAAUAACUCAAACAAAAUUUUGUUGAGUGUCAGUUAUAAUUUAUGUUCAGUUUAAUUAAAGAAUUUUCAAGUAACACUUUCUUUUUUUGAAUUAAUGUGUAUUUUUUAUGAAAUUAUUUCAAUUUGUAAAUAUUAGUUUGCUUCCUCUUAUAUUAAUGAGAUACACACUAAUUUAUUGUAUAUGUAAAUUCAUAUCCAUAUUAACUUAAAUUAGAUGUUAUGUGAAUGCCGUACAUUGUAAACGAGAAACGACCAUCCCUUGGCACGCAAUGUGACCAUAAUAAAUUAUCGAGAAAGUAUUAUAUGGUAUCAGCCUGAGUACUAUUUACUGAUGCGUUUAUAAGUUAAACAUUUGUGCAAAUGUAGAUAUUAUGUAUGUUGAUGAAUAAAUAGAUAAAAGUUUUA